GACUUUCUUUUUCCUCCCAUGUGUUCAGAAGAAAAGGCCUAUAAGUAGACCUGUGUAAAGAAAAAUAUCAAAUUUAGGAGAGUAACCUUAGAAACCAUUUUCUUUCUCUUUUUUUGUUCUAAGGCAAGUAAAGAUUACAUUAUUGGAGGGAAUUUUAAUUACUUGGCCUUAGAAAAACCUUCUCUUUGGGGGUUUUCUUUGCUAAAAAUUUUGUUUUAAGCAUAGGAAAAAAGUUUCUAGUAUUCACUUUCUUGUUCUAAACUUGUGAUAAUUAGUUAAUUACUUAGCUUGUUUGAUAAUAAAGUUAAAAAAACAAAGAAAAUAUGGGACUUAUAGGAACUUUGGAGUAUAUUUCUGAUAUGAUGAGCAGUAGUCAUAAGUCUAAGAAGAAGAAGAAGCAGUUUCAGACUGUGGAGCUCAAAGUUAGAAUGGAUUGUGAUGGCUGUGAGCUUAAAGUCAAGAAAGCUUUGUCUUCAUUAAGUGGAGUUAAAUCAGUAGAGAUAAACAGAAAACAGCAAAAGGUGACAGUAACAGGAUAUGUGGAAGCAAAUAAAGUGUUAAAGAAGGCAAAGUCAACAGGGAAGAAGUCUGAAAUUUGGCCCUAUGUGCCCUACAAUUUAGUGGCUCAGCCCUAUGCUGCAGCAGCUUAUGACAAGAAAGCUCCUCCUGGUUAUGUUAGAAGGGUUGAGAACCCAACCAUUGGAACAAUUUCCACAUUUGAGGACCCUGCUUAUGUGACCAUGUUCAGUGAUGACAACCCUAAUGCUUGUUCCAUAAUGUAACGACAACGAUAAAUGUACCUCAAAUUCCGUGAAAAUUAAGAUCAACUAUAUGAAUUCUUAUUGUUUAUGUCGCUCAGUUUCAAAUUCGAUGGAAUUUUUAUA